ACUACUCCAUUGGACUCCACAUCCGUGAAGCAAUCCAGGUUGACCUGACGUGCUACGACUUUUGACGACCGUCCGUAACGAUUACCUUCCAUGUAUCCCAUUCUCGUUUGAGCUUCCAAGAAAGACAUCCCUGGCUGUCUGACGCUCCCUAACAAAUGCUACAAACACGAUCUGUACUAUCCACGCUACUCGUCCUUUCCCUCGUUUGCGACCACGUUUCUGCGGAUUACACAGCUGUUCCUAGAUGGGGACAAGCUGUCGCACUUGUAAACGAUGUCCUGUUCGUACACGGAGGCCGAACAGACCCGUACAAUGAAUACUCGUAUACCUCCGCCCCUGUGGACAAUGAUCUACUCUUCCUAUCACUAUCUUCCUCAUUCGACCCCUCGUCGCCUCCAUGGCAAUAUGUCGGCGGUUCAUCCAAUUCCUCCGCGCCCCAAGGGCCUGCUGUAGCUUGGCACACACUGUCCGCAUUCGACUCAAAUGACCUCCUCCUGUUUGGCGGAGUCCCAGGACCGAACUCGCAAACGGUCCAGGUCGACCAAGCCGACUCGGCGUAUCUGUUGAAUGUGUACAAUCGCUUAGAGCCUUCGUGGACAUCCGAGUCCAACUCCUGGGCGAGCGAGCCUACACGCCGCAUAUAUCUCUCAGCAUCUUCAUCUGGAGGGAAGGUGUAUAUCAUUGGCGGAGAGAAAGCGGAUGGCUCUGGUAGUGCGUUCUCUGAUCACUAUGUAUUUGACCCUAGCGGCCCCUCGUUUACACAACUACCAACAUCCAAUGGUCCCCCGGAUUUGUAUGGACAUGCGUCUGUGGUGCUUUCGAACGGAACCCUUCUGGUACUAGGUGGUUACUCUCCGUCCGGAUCCUCGCUUGUCCCGUUCAACCGCAUAUGGGCCUUGGAUACCACUCGGUCCGAUGCAGAAUGGUAUAGCUUCUCGGUGUCAGCGUCGAACUUACCCACCCCGCGACGGGGUUUUGCAGCAGUCAAGCUAGAUGGCGAUCGGGUCCUCAUUCAUGGUGGAGGAGAUGCCACGCUGCAGACCACGUAUAGUGAUGGAUGGAUCCUCGACACGAGUCAGAAUCCUGCUAGUUGGAGUUCCCUCUCCCAGUUAUCCCAGCUUGGCCCACGUAAAGACCAUUUUGCGAUAGCCAUGGGCUCUGAAGUGGUCUUCGGCUUCGGUUUUGGAUCCAAUGGUCCCGCUCCCGCAGCCCUGCAAGUAUACGACAUCUCCUAUAGCGCAUGGCAACCGAGUUAUACCCCGAUACCUACGUAUACCGCCUCGACGUUGCCUCCUGCGACGCAGACUGGGACAGCGGGCGGCGGAUCCCCUACUGGAUCGACUUAUCCCCCCGGGCAAUCUCCUACAGGAACUGGCACGCGUUCGGGGUACCCCGGGCAGCCCACCCAGUCGGGAUCUGGAGGAGGAGGUGACGGCCAGACACAAGACGGACAGGACUCUUCUUCGAGCCGUACGCUGCCGAUUGUCCUGGGUACGCUGUUUGGUGCACUCGGGUUACUGGCUGCUGGCGCGGUAGCUGCGUAUUAUGUCCGAAGACAUAGACAGCAGACAGGAGAUGCGUUCCAUUUGAUUGGUGGAGAUGGAGGUGACGAUGAGGAGAGUGCACAUCUGGAAGGCGGUAGGAUUCUGCCCGCUCGCAUGGUAGAUAGCACUGCAGGAGCAAGUGCGGGCUGGUUAGCCGGCGGUAAGAAGGCUUUGGUAAGGUUCGGGCGGAGCACAGGGCUGGUUGCGCACAGCGCCGCCGAGAGGAGGGACAUGCUUGCCGACGAAGAUACCCGCGACUUUGGGCGAAUAUCCCUCUACAACUGGGGUAGGCAGCCGAGUUCUACCAGUACGGCGACCUUCCAGUCCGGAUGGGCCGAGCGGCCGAAGCUGGGCGGGCUGUUCCAGGGCUCAUGGGCUUCACUGCGCUCGCUGGGAGGUGCGAUGUUUGAUGCCGCCGGUGCGAGAGCGGGUUCGUCGAGAGAGGCAAGUGGCAGCUCCAAGGCUACCACGGCGUGGUACGAGAAGGACCAGCUUUUGUACGAGCCGUUCUCCGAAACUUCACUCAUGCGUGCGGGCGACCCUGUGCCGACACGCCCGCGGGCCAGUCGGCAGCCGUCAACGACUAGUGUCUGGUCGUAUACUUCUUACCAUGAUCCGUUUGAAGACGGCGGGAGCGAAGGUCACCACGACGUCGCUUCAGAUGAGGGCCAAGACGAGAAGGAGGAAAGCACUUUGCUCAGCCGGCCGCCGAAUUUGUCGUUGCAAACAGUGGUGCCAAAACGUUUCGCUGCUGGCCAUUCCCUGUCACCGGUUACUGAAGUAACUUCGCGUACGAGCAUGUCUAAUUCGCUAUCGUCGCAUUCCCAGGAGGGCGCGGUGGCGUCCCCAUAUACCACGCUCGGUCGAUCUUCCCUUUCGUCUCAAGAAUACACUCCUCGUUCACCCCCGCCAAGGACGAUUUCGAUGAUAGACGCCAAUCCUCGUCCGUCAGAGCCGCUUCGUAGGUCAGAUAGUUGGUGGGCGCGGUUUGCGAAGACGUCCUUCCUUGACCGGAGACAUAGCGACCCCAGCAAAUCGAGCCGUGCUCCCCUUGAGUUCCGGGAUCCACAACCGCCUCCGCGUCUGGUUACCAUUGAGGAAUCUCCGCAGUCGGUUUCCAAGUCGCCUGAGUCGCCUGAGUCGUUGAAGAAUAGGAGAGGUCACAAUCUCACGUAUUCUUCCCAGCACGCCCGGUCGAUGUCGUCGUUACAGACGGCGAAGACGGCUGACUCCGAGGCGCUAGAGAGGAUGGCUGCGACGGUAGAUGUGGUGCAGAGGAUCGGUUCCCACGUUACCAGUCCUAGCGGUACGACUUCUGAGAGUCAGGUCAGUCCUGUGACUGAGACUACUCGGUCCACGCCGCCGUUUUCGUCUGCCCCCUCCACAAGUGCUCGGGCGACAAUGGGUCAUGACCGUGAGUCCAGCUCGGAAAGUUGGCGAGAAAGCUGGCGGCAUUCUGGUGGUUGGUCUAUACCCUCGCGAUCUUUGUCUCUCUCGGCUCGCGCUGUCACCAGCCAUAUGGGUGGCGGGACCAGCUCGAACAUGUCGAGUCCUCCGUUGUCUGGAUCUGCUAAAGCUACCCUCGGUCAUGGCCACAGCAGCGAAGCGGCGACGAGUCCGCCGUUAUCUACGUCGGCGCGGGCUACACUCAGCCAUGCUACGGAAUCCAAUCAUUUGCCCAGCUUGAGGAGGUCCUCAUCAGUUAUGGCUGCCGCUGGACAUACGCCUGCGCGUACGCCUGAGUCGCCGUUCGACGACCGUUUCGCAUAUUCGCCGCCCGUUCUGUCACCGCCCGUCUCGACCGCAGCAGCGACAAUAGGGCAUAGUGCUCCAACCGUACUCUCACCUGAAGAAAUGACGCCAGAGUUUGAGAAAUCCCUUCCGGAAACUCCAUCCACUGAUUCGUCUGGGUCAACCGCUCGGAGUAGCGGACGGCGGUUGUCUGGACCUCUCGUUUCCAGCAGAGUGCAAGAACUCGAGCGGCGCAACUCACAAGACGCCGAGUCGCCAACAAGCCCACCCCCGCGAAAUACCCGAAAACGAGAAGAAAGGCCGCGCGGGCGACAUAUAACUGUAAAUUAUGGACUUGUGCAGAGGCCAUCCCUCUUUGUUGCAAACCCUGAUGAUCGUCAGUCGAGUCAAGGAUCCUCGUCUGACGCAUGACAGCUAUAUCAAUCUUGGGUGAUAGAGUCUGUGGGAUAAAUGGACUGUAUUUUACGAAACUGUUAUGUUUAUUUGCUUGAUUUCACGAGUCUAAUGACCGUUGUUCUACUUAGUACCCCACGUUGUAAUCUUUUGGGACCAUUGCGUACAGUUUGUAUUCCCGUAAGAUGUAUGAAUUCAAUGAAAACAGUGAAUCAGUAAAGUGGAAA